UGUCUGGAAAAUAGCAAUUCAUUUGUCGAACAAGGUCGGAGAUGAGGCAGCCGGAGAUGAGGCUGACCGGCGGCGCAGUGCUGAAAACUGCCUAUUGGACGCCGCCAGAACGGUGGCCCAGCCCUUGCCCUAUUGGCGUACUAAUUUUUUGUUUUUUUUUUGGUUUCUUCUCUGCGGGGGAGAUGGGAAAGAAAAAUAAAAAGCGAAGAAGUGAAGAAAAAAGAGGGCAAAAUGCUGCUUGAUGUUUGUACAUAGCUCUGCAACAGGGUAUAUGCAAGAAUCAGAGAAUAUAUGCUACUCUUUGUGACCUUGCAUGAAACGAAGGGCUUGAUCGUCGGAGGUUCAGACAACUCGACUGGAAUAAAAAAAGAGCUGUUGUGUUUGAUACGAAGAGAUGGAUUUGUCUAACAGAAGAAAUGGAUCGGGCGAUGAAGAAAACUACAACUCACGAGAGGGCAAGAAGCAAUACCACCGUCACACUACCGAACAAAUUCAGCAGCUCGAGGCUUUCUAUAACGAAUGUCCGCACCCGGACAAGAACCAGAGGCAACAAUUGAGCAGAGAACUCGGCCUUGACCAAAAGCAGAUAAAGUUCUGGUUUCAAAAUAAACGAACUCAGAUGAAGGCUCUAAACGAGAGAGCAGACAACAAUUCCCUCCGCUCGGAGAACCAAAGAAUUCAUUUCGAGAACCUUUCGAUGCACGAGGUUCUGAAAAACGCCUUUUGUCCCUCUUGCAAUAAUUCAGGUGUUUGUGAAGAAGAGAAACGCCAAAAUCUGCAGAGAUUGAGAAUCGAAAAUGCACGUCGGAAAGAAGAGUACGAACGAGCGGUCAACUUUUUCACCAAUUAUACCGGAAAUCCAGCUUUGCCUUUUGCUGGAACCGAGCCCAGUACUAGUGCACCUGGUCAACAAUAUAUGUCACAACAUUGGUCAACAAGCCUGACACAUGUGGAUAAAUCUGUCAUUAUCGAGACAGCUGUCGCUGCAAUGAACGAACUUCUGGAGCUGUUACGUGUGAACGAGCCGCUGUGGUUCGAAGCUCCAUCGGAUCAUGGGAGAUAUACUUUACGUCGAGAUAGUUAUGAUAUGAUUUUCCCCAAGUCAAACCAGGUCAACACUUCAAGUGCUCGGUUUGAAUCUUCGAAAGAUUCGGGCGAGGUGGCAAUGUCUGCCACACAUUUAAUCGAAAUGCUUGUUGAUGUGAACAAAUGGAAGGAAAUUUUUCCUACUAUCGUCACAAAAGCGACGACCCUUGAAGCAAUCGAUACUGGAAUAUUUGGUGGUUUGUUACAUUUGAUGUAUCAAAAAAUGCACAUUUUAUCACCACUUGUUGCUCCCCGAGAAUUUUUCUUCAUUCGAUAUUCCCGCCAAAUUAAUUCGAGCACUUGGGUGUUGGUGGACGUGUCCUACGAUUUCAUAACACAGCUCCAAGAUUCCGUUCGCACUCGUUCUUGGAGGUUUCCUUCAGGGUGUAUUAUUCAAGAUAUUUCAAAUGGAAAAUCAACAGUUACAUGGAUUGAACAUGUACAAGUGGACGACAAGUUAUCGACUCAUCGUCUGUACAGAGACUUCGUUUGUGGUUCCCAAAGAAUGGUGGUGAGUUUUUUCGAAGAACUGUGCAUGUCGGAUAAACUCGAUUGUCCCAAUCCGUCGGAAUAUCAAAAUAGCGGAGUUUAUGUCGCGCUCCGAAAAAGUAACGGACCUCAUCAACCUGAUGGAUUCAUUGUUAGCGCAGCUACCUCGCUUUGGCUUCCCUUUUCCAAGGAGCAUCUCUUUAACUUCUUCCAAGACGAGAAAAGAAGAGCACAAGUACGAAAAUACCGAUUCUGCCGUCGGGUUUUGUGAUCUCUACCGAUGGCCGUGCUACUAGCAGAGGCACCAACGGAGCUUCAACCAGUUCCAACACCGGUAGCGGUGGCUCGCUUCUCACAGUUGCUUUCCGGAUAUUAAUUUUUCACAGCCAAUUGACAACGCAACUGAAUAUGGAGUCGGUUGCCACCGUGCAUACCCUAAUCAGCGCCACUGUUAAAAAGAUCAAGGCGGCGCUUGAUUAUUAUGAUUAAUUUCGGAUUUUUUUAUCUUCUCGAAUAUUGAUUUGUUUUUUCAUUAAUUGAUACUUGUUUCAUUUUUUUUUAUACCGUUAAAACAAUUACUAAUAUUCAAAA